AUGGAAGAUCUCGAGAGCUCACUUGCCGAAAUUGUGGAUCAAUUGCAGAUUAAGUUGUAUGAAGACCCAGAAAGACCAAUCCCUGAAAAUGUGCUGUCUGAACCUUUGAAACGUGAGAACAUUUCUGAAGGUGUGCUAUCCAGCUCUUUUUCUUUAGAUACGGAACUAUCAUUAGGUAAAAGAGAGUUACUAUUGAAAGGGCUGUUAAACGAAUUGGUGACAAAUGCUGGAGACACAGACAUGCGCAAACUAAGCGUCUUACUGGACUUUUGUUAUCAUUUAAAGUACGUUGGGGAGGAGGAUGAAUCUAAGGUAUGGGCCGCAUUAUUCUUUGACCUAACUGCAACUUGUAUCCUGACAUUAACCUUCCCGCAUGAACUGGGGCAAUUCUAUACGUACCUAAGAUCAAGAUUGUCAUGGUACUUAGAAGGCCUAUCGAAGGAACCUGUAUCUAAUGGAGGAACAAACUUGAAAAUGGGAAUAAGGCCUCCAGCUGCAAAACUUUUCUUCAGCAUUGAUACUUUUUUCAAGAACAUCGAUUCUCAUUCUCUCUUCAUCACACCUAAUCAUUUCGAGCUUGUGCAUAAAUUAUUAUGGUGGAUAUCGCAGCUAAUACCUAUUAAUGACCAUUGCAAUAUUAAUCGAAGGGCAAAAAUUACGGAUGAAUAUCCUGAAACGUUUUGGGCUCCACACUUACCGGCUUUGCCUUCAUCUCCUACUAUUCUCUCUGAUUGGACGAAAAUUUGUGAUGAUUUCUUCCUUCAUCCAUUGCAUUGGCUAUUCUCUCAUCCAAGGGACAAACUCACACUCGAACCUGUCGUUCAUCGAUUUGUUGAUGAGAUCUUUGUCUAUGAAACCGAACUAUACAAUUUGAUAAAAGGAAAAAAUGAAAAGCAUGCUAAACAAGAAGCUGCGGUUAAUGGUAAAGAUUUCUACCCUUUAAACUUUAUCGAUAACGUUUACGAUGAACCAGAUGACUCAAGAAAUUCAAUUUUCCCAUCCAAAGUUGAGUUCUGGAAGGAAUUCAAUUUAGAAUCUACGAAGUCAGAAAAUAUCAUCCAAUUGCUACCGUUAGAAUUAGACUUAUUUGAUCUUAGAUCUUUUCAGGAUCGGAUUGAAGCAUAUGAAUAUGACUAUUUCAGGAAAUUGGUCAUAUCGCAAGUUUAUUUGACUUUUUACUUAUUGAAGGAAAUUAUUUCCAAUGAUACAUUGGUUCACUACUAUGGCAAAAUCUUUAAUCAGAGUUCAUUGUCCCAUUCAUCGAAAUGGCGUGUUGAAUAUGGAGACAACGUGCUAAAUAAAAACGAUUCUGCUAUCAAUUUCUUAACGAAGAAGUUAAACAGAAUUUCUUCAUUUUAUGAAAUUAGGGAUCGUCAAUUUUAUGAAUUGUUGAAUCAUCUAGCUCAGAAUGAAUUGGAUGCACUCAAUCAAAAAGUCGGUGAUUUCUCAAAUUUGAAAGACAUUCAUUGGUCCUCUGAUUUGAUUACCGUACCAACAGCUAAUAAUGCAUUCAAGAAAUUCGGAUGGAUUAAACUCGGCAAUAAGAAAUUAGACGGUCUAUGGAAAGUGCAAUCAGGCUUAGAUUUAGCGAGAAAGUAUUCAGAAAACAAUAGACAAGAUCCCUCAGAACUAUAUGACACUAUAAUAUCCGAAUACAAGGAUAAAACUGAAAAAACUGAUGGUGAUGAAACCACUACUGAUAAUGUCAUAGUAAAACAAUGGCAGAAUCUAAGAUCUUUGAGGCCGAAAUACUUGUUUGAGUUUAAUAAGGUCAGCGAAAAAACUACUCUGGCGGGGUUCGCCAAUGAAGAACUCAUUAGGAAUGAUAUCGAAUCUAAGAAAAGACGGCUAGCCGAAAGAAUAGAGUCAAAAAAGAAGAAACAUUCCGAACAAGUCGCCGAGGCUGAACAGUUUUUCAAAGACAAGGAACAAGAAAGGAAAGAUCUACUUCAAGCGAAGAUAAAAAGUCAAAGAGAAACUCUGGAAAAUGGAAAAAAUGAUAAAACAACUUCGCCUGAUGAUCAAGAUAAUGAUUCACUAAAGAGAAGACACGAUAGUCCAGAGGCUGACGGGAAUGAAGAAGAACAAGCUGUUUCGAAGAAACAAAAACUUGAGGAAGAAGUUGAAGAACCAGAUGCUGACGCUGAGGCUCAAAAGGAAAAAGCGCUUGAAUCUGAACCAACAGAGCUUAAAACAAUAGAAAGUACAGAAACAGAAGUAGAGGUGCCGAAAGAACAUGAAGGAAGCUCCCACACGGAGUAG